AUGCCGGGGACCCCCAGUUAUGCCCCGACAGCGGAGGCGGCCCUCCCGGCAUGCACUGCCUUGAGCCCUGGACACCACCCCAGUCCCCCAGCGCGCGCCCCCCAGGCUCCUCCCCGGACGCCCUCUGCGCCUCCUCCAGGCCCUGCUCGAGGGGCCCCUUUCCUCUCCCCAACCAAGCAAGCCACGCCCCACGUCGAGGCCACGCCCUCUCCCCAACCGGCCACGCCCACCCGCUCGCCGAGCCCCUUAUUUCCCCAAGCCACGCCCUUACCCAUGGAGACCCCGCCCACCAACAGCUCAACCACGCCCCCGAUCAGGCAUAGCCCGCCCACACACCAGGCUCCGCCCCCGCCCCGCCCGCCGCCGCGGCCUGAGGGCCGGACGCGCAGAGCUCGGCGUGCGGAGGGAGGACGGGCGGGGAGCCUGCGGCUCGGGGGGCCUGAGGCGGCGGCUCUGCUGAGCGAGAGCGGAGCGGAGGCCGGGCGCGGUCGGACUCUCGGGGCCUCCCCGCGCUCCUUCGUCCCUCCGAGGGCCUGCGGUAGGAAGCCUGCGGGGCCCGCGCGCCGCGCCCGCGUCCUUGCCUUCCUUCCCGCGCUGCCCGGAGGACUUCGGCGGCGGGCGGCCCCGGUGGGCCGAGGCGCGCACGAUGCGGGCGCGGGCUGGGGCGCGGGCCUGGCUGUGGCCGCUGCUGGCGGCGCUGGCCGUGGGGCCGCACGCGCGGGCCGCCAUGGACCGAGUGCGUGGCCGAGGGACGGCCGCCCGCAGCGCUGCAUGCAGUUCGUCAACGCCGCCUUCAACGUGUCGGUGGCGGCCACCAACACGUGCGGGAGCCCGCCGGAGGAGUACUGCGUGCAAGGACCGGGGUCACGGAGCCGUCACAAGUCGUGCCACCUGUGCGACGCGGGCCAGCCCCCACCUGGCGGCACGGCGCGCCUUCUCACCGACUACAACAACCAGGCCGACACCACCUGGUGGCAGAGCCAGACCAUGCUGGCGGGCGAGUACCCACGGCCAUCAACCUCACGCUUGCACCUGGGCAAGGCCUUUGAUAUCACCUACGUGCGCCUCAAGUUCCACACCAGCCGGCCCGAGAGCUUUGCCAUCUACAAGCGCACCCGAGAGGAUGGGCCGUGGGUGCCGUAUCAGUACUACAGCGGCUCCUGCGAGAACACCUACGGCAAGGCCAACCGUGGCUUCAUCCGCACGGGUGGGGACGAGCAGCAGGCACUGUGCACCGAUGAGUUCAGUGACAUCUCCCCGCUCACAGGCGGCAAUGUGGCUUUCUCCACCCUGGAGGGCCGGCCCAGCGCUUACAACUUUGACAACAGCCCCGUCCUGCAGGAGUGGGUGACAGCCACUGACAUCCGGGUCACUCUUAACCGCCUCAACACAUUUGGGGAUGAGGUGUUCAGCGACCCCAAAGUCCUCAAGUCCUACUACUACGCCAUCUCUGACUUCGCUGUUGGGGGAAGGUGCAAGUGUAAUGGGCAUGCCAGUGAGUGUGUGCGGGAUGGCCGGGGCCAGCUGGUGUGUGACUGCAAGCACAACACCUAUGGGCCAGACUGCGAAAAGUGUCUGCCUUUCUUCAAUGACCGCCCGUGGCGCCGGGCCACAGCCGAGAGCGCCAGCGAGUGUCUGCCCUGUGACUGCAAUGGCCGCUCCCAGGAGUGCUACUUCGACCCUGAGCUCUAUCGCUCUACCGGACACGGCGGCCACUGUACCAAUUGCCAGGGGAACACGGAUGGGGCUAAGUGUGAGCGGUGCCGAGAAAACUUCUUCCGUCUGGGAACCCACGAAGCCUGUGCCCCGUGCCAUUGUAGCGCUGUAGGUUCCCUGAGUACUCAGUGCGACAGCUAUGGCAGGUGCACCUGUAAGCCAGGAGUGAUGGGGGACAAGUGUGACCGCUGCCAGCCUGGCUACCACUCCCUCACGGAGGCAGGCUGUAGGCCUUGCGUUUGUAACCCUUCGGGCAGCAUUGAUGAGUGCAAUGUGGAAACAGGACGCUGCGUCUGCAAGGACAAUGUGGAGGGCUUCAACUGCGAGAGGUGUAAACCUGGAUUUUUCAACCUGGAGCCCUCAAACCCAAGAGGCUGUGUCCCCUGUUUCUGCUUCGGACACUCCUCAGUUUGCACCAAUGCCGUGGGCUACAGCACCUAUUCCAUUACCUCCACUUUUCGCUUAGAUGAUGAUGGGUGGCACGCUGAGCAAAGAGAUGGCUCCGAUGCUUCGCUGGACUGGUCUGCGGAGAGACAAGAUGUGUCUGUCAUCUCUGACAGCUAUUUUCCAAGAUAUUUUAUUGCGCCAGCUAAGUUCCUGGGCCAGCAGGUGCUGAGUUAUGGUCAGAACUUUUCCUUCUCCUUCCGCGUGGACCGGCCGGACACCCGCCUGUCCGCAGAGGAUGUGGUGCUUGAGGGGGCUGGCCUGAGGGUGUCUGUGCCCCUGAUCGCUCAGGGUAAUGCUUACCCCAGUGAGACCACCGUGAAGUACAUCUUCAGACUCCAUGAAGCCACUGAUUACCCCUGGAGGCCACCCGUGACCCUCUUUUCCGAAUUUCAAAAGCUUCUCAACAUUUAAACCGCUAUCAAGAUCCGUGGGACAUAUAGCGAAAGGAGUGCUGGCUAUUUGGACGAUGUCACCCUGGCUAGUGCCCGGCCUGGGCCUGGGGUCCCUGCCAACUGGGUGGAGAUGUGCACCUGCCCAGCAGGCUAUGGGGGUCAGUUCUGCGAGACAUGUCUCCCCGGCUUUCGGAGGGAGACCCCGAGUCUUGGUCCCUACAGCCCGUGUGUGCUCUGCACCUGCAAUGGGCACAGCGAGACCUGUGAUGCUGAGAGCGGCGUGUGCGACUGCACGGACAACACGGCCGGCCCCCACUGCGAGAAGUGUGCGGACGGUUACUAUGGGGAUGCCACAGCAGGCACUACAGCUGACUGCCAGCCCUGCCCAUGUCCUGGGGGCUCCAGCUGUGCUGCUGUGCCCAAGACCGGGGAGGUGGUCUGCACCAACUGCCCUAUGGGCACCACUGGGAAGCGAUGCGAGCUAUGUGACGACGGCUAUUUCGGGGACCCCCUGGGCCAGGCGGGCCCAGUGCGACUGUGCCGCCAGUGCCGCUGCAAUGGCAACAUUGAUCCCAAUGCUGUGGGCAACUGCCACCGGUUGAGUGGGGAGUGUCUCAAGUGCAUCUACAACACGGCUGGCUUCUACUGCGACCGCUGCCGCCCUGGCUUCUAUGGGGACCCCUUGGCCCCCAACCCCGCAGACAAGUGCAAAGCCUGCAGCUGUGAUCCCUUUGGAACAGCCGAGCAGCAGGGUGGCUGCAACGCAGUGACAGGCCAGUGCGAAUGUCGACCCCAUGUGACAGGCCGAGACUGUGGGGCUUGUGAGCCGGGCUUCUACAACCUGCACAGUGGCCGCGGCUGUGAGAGAUGUGACUGCCAUGCCCUGGGCUCCACCAAUGGGCAGUGUGACAUCCGCACGGGUCAGUGUGAGUGCCAGCCAGGUGUCACUGGCCAGCACUGUGAGCGCUGUGAGCGGAACCACUUUGGAUUCGGGCCCGAAGGCUGCAAACCCUGUGACUGCCACCCCGAGGGCUCACUGUCCCUGCAGUGCAAGGAUGAUGGGCGUUGCCAGUGCCGAGAAGGCUUUGUUGGCAGCCGCUGCGACCAAUGUGAGGAGAACUACUUCUACAACCGCUCAUGGCCUGGCUGCCAGGAGUGUCCCGCCUGCUACCGCUUGGUCAGAGAUAAGGUGGCUGAGCACCGCGCGAAGCUCCGGGAGCUGGAGGAUCUUGUCGCCAACCUGGGUACUGGCGACGAGAAGGUGACAGACCAGGCCUUUGAAGACAGGCUCAAGCAGGCUGAAAGGGAGGUCAUGGACUUGCUGCGAGAGGCCCAAGAUGUCAAAGAUGUGGACCAGAACCUUCUGGAUCGCCUGCAGAGGGUCAAUAGCACCCUGACCAGCCAGAUUGGCCGCCUGCAGAACAUCCGGCGCACAGUGACUGAGACUCAGGAACUGGCUGAGCAGGCGCGUGUGCGUGUGGAGAGCACCCAGCAGCUCAUCGACAUUGCGACCCGGGAGCUAGAGAAGGCCAGGAUGGCCGUGGCCAAUGUGUCUGUCACACAGCCAGAGUCCACGGGUGACCCCAAUAACAUGACGCUCCUGGCUGAGGAGGCCCGCCGGCUGGCAGAACGCCACAAGCAGGAAGCUGACAACAUUGUACGUGUGGCCCAGACUGCCAACGAGACAUCAGCAGAGGCCUAUGGGCUGCUCCGGAGGGCACUGGAAGGGGAGGACCAGACGGCGCUGGAGAUCCAGGAGCUGCAUCGGAAGUAUGAGCAGGCCAAAAAUAUCUCCCAGGACCUGGAGAAGCAGGCAGCCCGGGUACACGAAGAGGCCAAGAAGGCAGGGGACAAGGCCGUGGAGAUCUACGCCAGCGUAUCCCAGCUGGCACCUGUGGGCUCUGAGGCGCUGGAGAACGAGGCCAAUAAAAUCAAGAAAGAAGCCAAGGAUCUGGACCGCCUCGUUGACCAGAAGCUGAAGGACUAUGAGGACCUCCGGGACGACAUGCAGGGGAAGGAACUGGAAGUCAGGAACCUCCUGGAGAAGGGCAAGACAGAGCAGCAGACUGCCGACCAGCUGCUGGCAAGGGCUGAUGCAGCCAAAGCAUUGGCCGAGGAGGCCGCCAAGAAGGGGCGCAACACACUGCAGGAAGCCACAGACAUCCUCAAUAACCUGAGAGACUUUGACCAGCGGGUGAAUGACAAUAAGACGGCGGCUGAGGAGGCCCUGCGCAGAGUCCCGGCCAUCAACCGCACCAUUGCAGAGGCAGCUGAGAAGACGCGGGAAGCGCAGCUGGCACUGGGCAAUGCUGCUGCCGAUGCCUCAGAGGCCAAGGCCAAGGCACACGAGGCUGAGCGGAUUGCAAGCGCCGUCCAGCAGAAUGCCACCAGCACCAAGGCUGAAGCCGAGAGGACCUUCGCCGAGGUGACGGGCCUGGACAGCGAGGUGAACAACAUGCUCCAGCAACUCCAGGAGGCCGAGAAGGAGCUGAAGAGGAAGCAGGACGAUGCUGACCAGGACAUGAUGAUGGCGGGCAUGGCUUCCCAGGCUGCACAAGAAGCCGAGAUCAAUGCGCGGAAGGCCAAAAACUCUGUCACCAGCCUCCUCAAUGACAUCAACAAGCUCCUAGAACAGCUUGGCCAGCUGGACACUGUGGACCUGAACAAGCUGAAUGAGAUUGAGGGCUUCUUGAACCAGGCCAAGGGCGAGAUGCAGAGCAGCGAACUGGACCGGAAGGUGUCAGCUCUGGAGCGGGAGGCACGCAGCCAGGAAGCCGCCAUGCUGGAUUAUGAUCGCGACAUUGCGGCCAUCCGCAGGGAUGUGCGCAACCUUGAGGACAUCCGCAGGACGCUGCCCACCGGCUGCUUCAACACCCCGUCCAUCGAGAAGCCCUAGCUAUGCCCAAGUGCCUUCCACACAGCCAGCCCUGUUCUGACCACCCUGCUCCUCCACACACCCCUGUCCCAUUCCCCACCACUGUCCUUGAGACCAGAGGGGCAUUGGGACAGAGGUCCCAGCUGUCCCUCUACAUGUGAACCCACGGGGAAACUCGGGGUCCGCUGGCCACAGCUCCUCUGUCCCCCAAGUGGGGUCCAUCCAAGACCCCAAGCCUGUGCCCCACUUGCUGUCCUGGACACUGGUUUCCAAGUUCCUCUUGAUCACCCCCAGCCGACCCGAGUCCACCCCUGGACAUGUGGAGGUGUGAGUCCCAAGGCAGCUGUCGGACGAGAACCACCAGAGUCAGCAUCUUGGGGUUUGGGUUUUUCUCUUUUUUCUUUUUUCCAAGACUCUAUUCCCCGACCCCAGAGCUUAUUUUAGGGGUGUUUGGGGAACCCAGAACUGGGUCCUCACCAUCUCACAACUGAGGAAAUUUCUUCCGGCCACAGGACACCCUGUACACAGCCUCUCCCCAAGCCACUUUCUCCCCUGGGGUAUGGAAGAAGGAAGGUUGGCCUUUACUGCAUCUUUUGGCACCUCCUUCUAGAAGCCCCCAGGAUGCACUGUUGCCAAAUCCCAGUGCACCUGAUUCCCCAGCUCCUCAGCCCCAGCUACCUACUUCACCUCGUCCCUCCUUUUUUGAUACAAACCUCCAGCCCUUGCCUCAAGUUCUCUGGGGGGACCCUCUAUGCAGUGCCCUAUGGGUCCUCCAAAACCCCAGACAUGGUCCCUUCGCUCUCCCACUCCAUCCCCUGACCUAUAUCUAGCCUUUUAACACUAUGCAACUUUGUACUUUGCCUAGGGAGGGAAAGAAACUAUAUUAUCUGACACACUGGUGCUAUUCAUUGUUUCAAAUUUAUAUUUUUGUGUGAAAGUGCUUUUGUCCCAUGAGAGAGUAAAGAGCAGCUUAAAACAGAUUUGGCUGGUUCUGGAUAGACAGGCACAACCCACUGUCCAUUCCAGCCUCCCAUCACCAGCAUGUGCCUUCCCUACUCCCCACUCCAGGUCACACAACCCCAUGGCCCCCUGUGAGGUCCGAGGCCGGUACCACAGCAGGCAGGAAAGGACAGGCGGUGUUGACGAGGCCAUUGGUGGGUGCCCUAUGGAGGGUGGUGGGCUCCAGGGUUCCAGUGGCCCCUCAGGAAGACCCAGAAACAGUUUUGUCUGCUGUGUGCUGUGACUUUGCUUUGUUGUUCUGGUUCUGGGUAUGGCAGAGGGACCUACCUUGGCCCCACCGCACCCCUCCCUGGCCCUGUGGGGUCAUGUAAGAGAUUUUAAUUUUUAAAUCAAAGACCUAAGACAAGACCUGGUGAGCCUCCGCCACGAGUCACUCCUGUUGGGCAGUGACAUUCUGGGGUCCCCCCAAGUCCCCAUCUUCUCCUGGCACCUGCUCUGCUCUCAGGCAUGGACAAGCACAACACUCGGCAUUUUGUAUGUUACAGAACCAGUAUUUUAUUUAUAAUAAAAUCGGAAUAUUUGUAA